UUAUGGUUAAUUUUUCACAAAUGGAAGUAUCCCUAAAUGCUCACAGGCCAGAGAAGUUCUCAUUUAAAGCUYUGGAAACUUCAGGGCGAGGCGACUUCCCCCCGGUGUCUCUUAACCUUUGUGACGCCACACUAUAAAAACUCACACCCUCAUCUGAGACGACUUGCUCAAACCGUUUGGCUGCUGACAGCUGGACCUUGUCCUCCUCUUUCGUAAGGAAGUUUGGAUUCGUGUCGAGAAGUCGGAUUAAACCAUGAACUGGGAAAACUACAAAUAAAUAAACACGAGGACGUUACAGCUAUCCACUGCUGAAAAUAAGAGUUCAUGUCGUCCAUCAUCCUGCAGGUGUGUUCAGACAAGAUGUUCAGGAAUAACAGCCCUUUCAGCUACGAGACCACCAGCCUCACAGGAUCCAUCCAGUCCAAUGGGUUUUCCACAACGGAUGAGACCUCAUCACAAAUAUCCAACAUUUCAAAGCCCAGUGCAAAAUCUAUUUAUUUGCAGAGGUUGCAGUAUGCAGCCUCCAUGAACAAGAUGCUGGAGAAGUUUCAGUACAAAGUGGAGCACUUGUUCACUUGCAACCUGGAUGGGAAGGAGCUGAAGAACAUCAGUGACUGCGUGGAGCGUCUGACGCUGCUGAACCACAUGGGUCGUGUGUGGGGUCAGAACAUGCUGCUGGAGGUGCAGGGCGCCGAGCUCCRCCUCACUGACAUCGAAACAAAGGAGGAGCUGGAGUCCAUCUCUCUCAGUAACAUCCAAGAGCUGAAGGCGGUGCUGGACGUGGAAGUGUUUGACUCUCUGCUCGCCAUGUCCGUCCAGAACACAAGAUCCACCACCAUCUACAUGUUCCAGAGCGAUGAAGUCAGGGCUGAUUAUGUUCAGAAGAAUUUAACACGGCUGAUGCCAGAGAAGGAUGACCCACACUCCAACUAUGCAAAAAUCACGCGCAAACAGGAAAGAAGGAAAGCUGCACCAGCGAGGCCUCCUUCUGAAAACGGACACUAUGAUCCUUUCGAGCCAGAACUGGAUCUGCCUCCAUUUGAGGAGGAAGAAGAAGAACCAGCGCAUCCCAAGAGGAAGAGCCCGUCACCACAGCCCACAGCACUSCUGCUUCCUCCCCGCAAGUACACAGAGCAUGACAGGAACGUGGACCUUUUGAAUCACAUCGUUAACGACAUUGAGGUCUUCAUGGGGAAAAUAGCUGCCAUAGAAGCUAAAAGCGGGAAGAAAAAAAGAAAAAAGAAAAAAGGGAAAGGUGGGGAUGGGAUGCCUCCUGAUGAGGAAUUUGCAGAAUGUUUUCAUAAAAUCAAAAGUGGCUUCAACCUCCUGGGAGAGCUCAACGGAAAGAUCAACGAUCCAAGCGCUCCUGAUUUUGUCCACUCCUUGUUCGCGGUUUUAAAUUUU